UUAUCUUUGGCCCCAAACUUCCUUCAGAUUUGAUGGCGGCCACCAACCCCUCCGCUGCCUUUGAAAAGGAACAGAUAUUUGGAAUGGCAGAGAAGGAGAUGGAGUACAGGGUUGAUAUGUUUAACAAGCUUACUCAAACAUGUUUUAGUAAAUGUAUCGAAAACAGACACAAGGAAUCUGAGUUGAAUAUGGGCGAAAAUAGUUGCAUUGACCGCUGUGUCUCCAAAUAUUGGCAGGUCACUAACCUAGUUGGGCAGCUGCUGGGUUCCAAUCAACCUCCAAUGUGAAAGACUUAUUUGGUCUGUUCUCCAUUCAGGUUUUACAUGUUUACACAUUCUCUCGUGUACAAGGGUCCUAUUUCCUGGUCAAAUGCCUUGUGAAGAAGAAACUGAAAACUGAAUAAUUGCACUUCUUCUUGGCUGCCCUGUCUUUUGUUUCUCUAUUGUAGAUCUUUCAAAGUCCCAUCUCAUUGUUAAUUUGAGAUUUCAAUCGAUUUUGUGUGGUUUUUUUUGGUCAUGGUCAUGAUGUGUACGAAAGAAUUAUUUUCUGAACUUGUGGGGGAUGAAUUCAUCGCAAUUUGAUUAUAUUAAACUA